AUGAUUGUAAGGACUGCUUUGUUGCUGUGUCAUGUACAGUGUUUGGCUGUUCUGGCUGCAGCAGCGAUCGACAAUAACAACUGCUCUGAAAACAAAAACCCAACAAACAAGAAGCUCCACUCACACCUGAGCCUCCAUCAACCCUCCACCAUUGAGUUUCCACAUGUGUCUGCCGUUCUGAAGCGGAUGAAGAGGGGGUGGGUUAUUCCACCUAUUAACUUUCCUGAAAAUGACAGGGGUCCAUAUCCAAAAUAUAUGGUGAAGAUUAAAUCGAGCAUCGAGGACAAGGUGGCGAUAACAUACAAGAUCAGUGGAUCGGGUGUUGAUCAGCCUCCUGAAGGUGUUUUUACGAUCGAUCGGCGAUCUGGGGUGCUGUACCUGACCCAGCCACUUGACAGGGAGAAGAGAGAGAAAUACAUUCUGUGGGCCCAUGCGAUGAAUGAGAGGCAUGAAGCCGAGCAGCCCAUGGAGCUCAUCAUUAACGUCAUCGACCAGAAUGACAAUCCUCCACAGUUCAAUCGGAGCCUUUUCUAUGGCAACGUGAGUGAAAGCGCCACAGUAGAUGAUUCUGUGGUGACGGUAACAGCAAAGGAUAAAGACGACCCACUGACAGAUAACGCAGUUAUAAGGUACCGGAUAUUGUCUCAGACGCCUCAGGGAGACAUGUUUAGCAUAAACCCAGUGAGUGGAAGCAUCAGUGUGGCAGCAGGUGGACUGGACAGAGAGACUCACCCAGAGUUCAAACUGAUCAUUGAGGCUGCUGAUAUGGGGGGGGAGGGGCUAACAGACACCUGCACGGCCGUCAUCAGCGUUUCUGACAGCAACGACAACGCUCCACAGUUCACCAGCACGUCUGUUUCCACAUCAGUCCCUGAAAAUAAGGUAGGAGUGGAGGUAAUAAGGUUAAAGGUCACCGACAAGGAUGAGCUAGGAACUCCACACGCCAACACCAUAUAUUCAAUAAUCAAAGGCAACGAGGGCGGAGACUUCAAUAUCACCACGGGCUCCGAUAAAAUGGAAGGCGUCAUCAGGACAGUCCAGGAGCUGGAUUUUGAGAGCACGGCCAUCUUUACUCUGGUGGUGACGGUGACCAACGAGGCGCCGUACACGGCGUCUGUGUCCACCUCGACAGCAACAGUCACCGUGACAGUCGAAGACCGCAACGAACCUCCUGUUUUUAGUCCGCCAGAGAUUCGUGUCAGCAUAUCAGAGGACGCGGAAGUAGGACGUUCUGUGGCCGAGGUCAGAGCCGAGGACCAGGACACAGGCAAACAACAGAGCGUCAGAUAUAAACUGAACAAUGACACUGCCAGGUGGCUGAGCAUCGAUCCAGACUCAGGAUUAGUCACAGUCAAGAGCAGCUUGGACAGAGAGUCACAUGUUGUCAGAGACGACAGAUACACCGUCCUCAUUUUGGCUUUUGACAAUGAUACUGUCCCAGCUACAGGGACAGGAACUCUGCUCGUGACUUUACUGGACGUGAAUGACCAUCUCCCCGUGGUCCAGCAGAGAACGGCUAUGAUGUGCAACAAGGACUCUUCUCCGGCUCUGCUGGAUAUCGUGGACCUGGACGGAUCAGGUCACGCUGGACCGUUUACUGUGGAGCUUCUGGGAGAGCACAAGAUCAACUGGACUGUCAGCAUCAACUCCACCAGCAGCGUGGCAGCUCUGGCUCCCAAACGGGAACUUUCCCCCGGGGACUACAGCGUGCUCAUGAGGAUCUAUGACGCUGGCUCACUCUACCAAGACAGCACACUCAGCGUGGAGGUGUGCCAGUGUGAAGGAGCCGCCUGGACCUGCUUCACCUCACUCUCUGCUCCUCUCAUGCAUGCUUCUUCUCUCACAACCUCAGUGCUGGCAGCCAUUUUUCUCCUUCUGUUGUUGCUUCUGCUGCUGCUGCUGCUGCUGAAAAGAAGGAGAAGGAGCAGCUCAGAGAAGCGGGUUCCUCGUGUGGAAGAUUUUCCCAGAGACAACAUCUUCUGUUAUGAUGAAGAGGGAGGAGGUGAAGAAGAUCAGGAUUAUGACCUGAGUCAACUUCAGAGGAGGCUGCACAACUGUCCUGAGGUCACUGACGUCCUUCCUUCAGUCCAGAGCCGCCCGGGCUACUGUCUGCAACUCCAGCCGAACGAGGAAAUCAGCAAAUUCAUUGAAAGUAACCUGUGUGCUGCUGACUCGGACUCCUCCGCUCCUCCCUAUGACUCUCUCCUGGUGUUUGACUUUGAAGGCCUGGGCUCUCUGUGCAGCUCUCUCAGUUCCAUCGUCUCCUCUGACUCGGACGAGGAGCACCAGGACUACGGGAGCCUCAACCAGUGGGGGCCAGUUUUCCGGAGUUUGGCUGAGCUGUACACGGGGGGCACAGAGGAGGACGACGACACACAGACACUGCCGGGAAAAAGAGAAUGGGUGUGAAGUGUGUUUAGAAGAUCAGAGAGUUUGCAAACUCUUUCUUGUAAAAUGUUUCCCUCACCUCACCCUUCCCUUCAGUUAGCAUCGGAACUCAAAAGAUGUUUAAUGUGUACAUUCGUCAAUGUCUAAUGUGUAAACA